AUGAGCAAAACGCGAUUCGAAAAAAUCGACGACGACGCCGAGUUCGAGCAGCGACGUCACGUCGGCGAGUACGAGCUCACCGAUUUGGAGAUUCAGCAACUCAAAGAGCACAAUCAGAAGCGCGUCAAAAAAGUGGUGGGUCUCGUCGCGAUCGUCAUGACACUCCUCUCGUUGGCUCUCGUCGCAUUCUCGUUGGCGUUGGGCCGAAAAAUCGACAUGAUGGUGGAAAAAUCGGUGGAGCAGCGAAUGGAGCACUACAACACCGUGUCGGGCAUCAAUAUCACCGAUUCUCGAUGA